ACGCGUAGGGCAGGGCAGCGCGGGUGUAAACAAACCGGCGAUGUGGCGCUGCAUUCGGCGCGGUUACAUUCGGAAACGUGUCGUCCUCUGAACACACGCUGGAGUUACACGGGUGCUGACGAGUGCUAUCCGGGUUUUUUUGUUUGUUUUUUUGGACAUCUGCGACUGUAUAGUUCAUCAGCGUCGUUCAAUAUGUCCACUGUGGUUGCGAGGUGAAAUAUCGCUCCGAUCCAUCGGAGUAUUCACUUUCACUAUGGCCACACCUGCGGAGCAAGAUUUUACCCUGGCCGAGGCGGACGGCAAUAAGGAGAAAACGCAGGUCUUCGGAGUUCUUAGGCUGCAGGAAGAUAAAGCUGGCGUGGAUAAAUCUGCAGGCACGUCCCUCAAAUCUGUGGACGGAAGGUGGCAGGCGCCCAUAUUCGCUUUAGCUAGGAAAGCCUCGGAAACCUUUUCAGGCGGCAUUCACGUUCUCCCUAAGGUCGCCGAGCCUAAAGUAUCCCCGUUUGCAGAGGAAUGGAGUGUCAAGGCUUUCCGGGACCCUAUGGCAAUGGAACGGGCCAACUUGCUCAACAUGGCCAAGCUCAGCAUUAAAGGCCUAAUCGAGUCGGCCCUCAGCUUCGGACGAACCCUGGACUCGGACUAUCCCCCUCUGCAGCAGUUCUUUGUUGUUAUGGAGCACUGUCUGAAACAUGGUCUCAAAGUGAAGAAGACGUUUCUUGGUUACAACAAGUCAUUGUGGGGGCCUCUGGAGAUGGUGGAGAAGCUGUGUCCAGAGGCAGGGGAGAUCGCGGCCAGUGUACGGGACUUACCGGGUCUGAAGACGCCGCUGGGCAGAGCUAGGGCAUGGCUGAGACUGGCACUGAUGCAGAAGAGAUUAGCAGAUUACCUGCGUGUUCUAAUCACCAGGAAAGACAUCCUGAGCGAUUUCUAUGAAAGCUCUGCGGUCAUGCUGGAGGAGGAGGGAGCAGUCAUCGUUGGCCUCCUGGUGGGACUCAACGUCAUUGAUGCCAACCUGUGCGUGAAGGGCGAAGACCUGGACACACAAGUUGGUGUGAUCGAUUUUUCAAUGUACUUGAAAAAUGACAUUGACGACUAUAGGAGUGAAGAAAGAAAUGGACAAAUUGCAGCGAUAUUGGACCAGAAGAACUAUGUUGAAGAAUUAAACAGGCAGCUCAAUUCCACUGUUCAGGGUCUUCAGGGACGUGUGGACUCAUUAGAGAAAUCAAACUCCAGACUCAUUGAGGAGUUGGCAAUAGCCAAAAACAACAUAAUCAAACUACAGGAAGAGAACCACCAGCUCAGAUCUGAGAACUCAUUAAUUCUCAUGAAGGCUCAGCAGCGUCUUGAGGUUACACAGGGUGAUGUGAACUGUGAGCUGGACACGUAUAAGCAGUCCAGGCAGGGCCUGGAUGAGAUGUACAACGAGGCUCGCAGGCAACUAAAAGAGGAGUGUCAGCUCCGGCAGGAUGUGGAGAAUGAGUUAGUGGUGCAGGUUAACAUGAAGCAGGAGAUGGAGUUGGCCAUGAAGCUUCUGGAGAAGGACAUCCAUGAGAAGCAGGACACUUUGAUCGGACUUCGGCAGCAGUUGGAUGAAGUGAAGGCCAUCAAUGUUGAGAUGUAUCAGAAAAUGCAGUCUUCUGAUGAGGGCAUGAAACAGAAAAAUGACAUGAUUGCACGGUUGGAGGAGAAGACGAAUCAGAUAACAGCUACUAUGAGACAGCUAGAACAAAGAUUGCAGGAUGCGGAGAGGGACCGUCUGAGCGCCGAAGACGGAAUGCGCCGGUUCAAGCAAGACUUUACCAACAAAGCAGACAGCCUCCAAAAGCAGAUAGCCCAGCGGGAGAAGCAGAUGUUUCAGCUGGAAACAGAUUUGAAAAUUGAGAGAGAGUGGCGUCAAACGUUACAGAACGACCUAGAGAGAGAACGGGAGACAGUCUCCCAGCUGAAGGCUGAGGCUCAGCAAAUUAAUGCACUCAAAAAAGAGUUUCACAGGCUGCAGGAUGAAAACACCCAGCUGAAGGGGAUCUGUGAGGAACAAGAGCAGGCGCUAGAGGAGCUAGGUUGCAAACUCAGCGAGUCAAAAUUGAAAAUUGAGGAUAUUAAAGAAGCCAAUAAAGCGCUCCAGGGUGGCCAGGUGUGGCUUAAGGAUAAGGAUGCCACACACUGCAAGCUUUGUGAGAAGGAGUUCUCCAUCUCCAGGAGAAAGCAUCACUGUAGGAACUGUGGGGAGAUCUUCUGCAAUGCUUGUUCAGAUAACGAGUUACCUCUGCCAGCAUCUCCAAAGCCUGUCCGAGUGUGUGACACGUGCCAUGCUCUUCUGCUUCAGCGCUGCUCUUCCAACACUGCAUAAGCCACACACACACACACACACACACACACACACACAAACCAUGUGCUGCCAAAGUGGCCAGGGUUGACUUUAACUCUGACUACCAUGUUUUCCUGCAUCAUGUCAAACUAUAACAAAAGUGACCAAAAUCUCUGCACCUGUUAUUCAUUGUUAUAAGUUUACAUUUCAAAUGGGAGCUCUACAGCCGUGUCAAAACAGCACACCAGCAGCUGUUCAGUUAUGUGAAGUGCCCAAAGAAGGUAUUGAGUAUGGUAAGCAAACUUGUUGAGUGGCUUGUAGCAUUUCAAAGACUUAAAAUGAAUUACAAUAUAGCCAUUACAUGUUUUGAACACUACAAGCAAGCAGCACUAAAGCACACUCUGCAUACAGCAUACUAAACAGGUUAGGUUAUUGUAUGAGGAUGACAUUACAUGCUGUGGUGUAAGACCACCUCUGGAAUGUAGGGUGAACAUAUCGUCUUAUUGUCAAGAAUGAGCAAAUGUAUUCUGAGGCGUUUUAGUUUAUUUUGUAUGCAAGUUAAUGUAUGCCUGUAUGAAAGGUCAGUCAUAAAGACGGGAUCUUUAAAGAUGUCCUGAGUGCCUGAAGGGGUGGAAUUUUUUUUAAAAAGCACUAAGCUUUUCAGUGCUGCUCAAGUUUGAUUGCAAUGGAAUUAGCUCAGAUAGUGCCCUGCAAUCAAUAUCCAACUUUUUUUCCAUUCUGAAAUUGAAAUUGAAGUAUUAUUUCACACUAUACCACAUUACAGGUUAUAAACAGCUAUGCCAAGACUUGUGUGGUUUGUAAAGUGGAAACUUGGACUGCUACUCGCCUUGAAUAUUCAUGGUUACCUUCAUCUUAAUGCAUUCAAGUGUAAACUUAUAAAAACAGUUGCUAAGUCACAUUUUCAAAUGUGAAAGUAUUUACCUGUAAAUAUGUCUUAAACCACUAAAGUUAAUACUUCCAU